AUGAGUACGGAAACACAGACUCGUCAAAAGACCACCUCUGGCAUCCGGAAAAAGCCGUUUGCCGUCCCUCCUGUCAAAGUAGCCUGUCUAUCAUGUCGUUCUUCUCGUGUUCGAUGUGAUGGCAAAGAACCAUGUUCGGGUUGCAGUCAUCGAGGCAAGGAAUGUGUAUAUGUUCAAAGUCGAAGAGGCGGUGCUCGAGUCCCGCGCAGCAAGAGACAAGAUUUCGAGAAAGUGGAUUAUGUGAAGAUUGCACAAGAAUGCUUCGAUGAUGCGGUACCGACGAUGGUACAUCCUGGUGCUGGAUUGACUCAACUGGAUUUGAAUCUUGACAACACGGAUACUCUUUUCGACAGUAUAUUCACAGCAGUACCAGUGCCUCAGACCAUUGAAUUGGAAAACCAUACACCUCGACAGACUGGCUCGGUACGGACUUAUCGAUCAGAUGAAGACAUGUUGGACGCAUAUUACAUCUGGCUACACCCAUAUUUUCCUAUCCUUCCUCCAGCCAAAUCCUCUCAAUCCAAGGACAACCCACACCUCUGGUACCCCAAAUCCUCAGAACUUGCUUUCGAAUCUAUGUCCCCCACCGCUCUCGCGAUCUCAGCAAUCCUGGCUCUAAUACCUCAUCCAGAGGAACCCGCACCCUUCGAGCAAGAAAGCAUCAUCGUCCGUCGAGAAACUGCUCACCGUUUCGCCAAGCGCACGUUGGAGUGCAUAGAACUUGACUCCGAGAUACCCAAUUCUUCAAUCUCACCAGCACAGGCAUUGAUAGAUGAACACUCAUGCAUCUCACGCCCCGCAUUCCACCCUUGUGUACCGCUAGAGUUGGAAGCUGUGAUUGCGUUGAGUAUAUUGAGUGUGUAUGAGUAUGCUCAACGUGGCAAUAUCGCGAAGAUGAGAGAUCGGGCUAGUCAGGCUUUGAUGCGGGCGAUGAAUUUGUCGUUGCAUGAUCGUGGUACGGAGAUUGAUGGGUUUGCUGAGGCGAGGAGGAGGACUUGGUGGAUGACUUACAUCUGUAUUUGCCAGGCUUCGAUUGUCAGCUCUAUGCCACCAGCAAUACCGCUGUUCGAUUCGCGCUUCACAACCAGCUUCCCACAAUCACCAGACCCAGAGGCCUGGCCCUUCUUUAUCAAAUCCCAACAAACCAUCCUUCUCGCUACCCAAUUCGUCACCGCAGUGGGCCUCGCGGUAGACGGUAAACAAGACUGGACAGAAAUUUCCUCGCGGAUGCAAAACCUACACAACACCAUUGAACCACUGCUAUCGCAAUCCAACCAAUGGACAGACGCGAAACCAUGUUCUGCAGAUCCCGAAGCCGUGGUUGCGUUUUCGUUAAAGCAGAUGAGCAAGAUCAAGCUCAACAGUGCGAGGAUAAAACUCCACCGUUACUGCGCUUUCUACGACAUACCCGUGUUCUCAGAAACCCACUGCGAUCUCAAAAAAUCGCAACCUUCCCCUGCUGCUGUCGGCGACCCCAUCGAUCAACUCUCCCUGAAUUCCUCACCUACUGGCUCUUGUGGCUGCAGUUCUUCCCUACCCACCCAAGUACCAGCUCUCUCAACCUCAGCCUCGCCGGUAUCAUCCACCUCGAGCGCAGCAACAACAACAACAACAACGGAAUAUCUGCAUCCCUUUCCAUUCAGCAACCACGUUUCCUCACGCUUGUGUUUGAACUCUGCAUUGGCCAUCGCAGCUGCAUUUGAAGCUUUACCCACACCUUCUUCUUCUUCUUCUUCAGCUGCGUCCGGAGGCGCGUUGGGCUUGUCUCCUCGCACAAUGCCGAGUUUUGCUUGUUGUGCGAUGCAAUCAGCGUAUACUCUACUCAUGAUAUAUCACCGUACUUGGGUAUUGGCUCAGCAGCAAGAAGGAGAUACACAGGGUAAAGCAACACAAUUGCUGCAAACAUGCGAUCAAGGACUCCGGGGUAUUCUUUCUGCAUUGGAUAAUUAUAGCAUCGCUUUUGAGGCGUUGGGAGGGAUGAGAGAUCAGGUGCAAGCGGCACUUGAUUGUUUGAGUUUGGCUGAGUAG